CAGAGUGCAUGACCUCUGCUGUACAGUCAAGAAACAAACCACUUCCUGUUAAGAUACGUUCAGUAGAAUUCAAAGAAAAGGAUAUUGAUGUUGUGUGGGAGAAAAAGAAUUCUUCCAAAACAGAUUAUAACUGGUCAGCUUAUGCAUUUAUCUACAAAGUUCAAUGUGAUAGAUGCAUCGAUGACUCAGUAGACAAGUGCAAAAUUAUUCCAAAGAACCAAACAGAUUAUUCAGUGCCACUGGCUUAUUGGGAAAAGCCUGAACAUCUUUUUGCUGCAGUUGUGACCUUCCCAUUUAGCAAAAAAGCUCAUGUAUCUCUUCAAACGUUUUCUCCAUAUGCCCCUGCACGAAGAAUUCCUAUGCUAACUAAAGCUAAAAAAGGUGACACAGUUAAACUUGUAAGCUCUAUAGUAGGAGGAAUAGUAGCAGGAGUGGUUAUGCUUUUGCUGUUGUUUGCUCUAGUUAGGAAAAGGCCAUGCCAAGGAAGCACCCCUCGUAUGCCUCCACCAGAACCCCCGAGACUAGAAGAGAAAAAAGACGAAAAAGAGCUACACUACACCUGUUAUUAUCCAGAAAGUGACGCUUUUCGAGACGAAGUGGCCUCGAUUGUGAACUACUUUCGCCAGAACGGUUAUAAUGUCAUCAUGGACGUUAUGGUGUCUACAGAAAUAACUUCCCAGGGUCCUACGCGUUGGGGAGAAAGCCAAAUUAGAAAAGCUAAUAAGGUGCUGGUUUUCUUGUCACCUGGUUUGAUAAACCUCGCUCUGGAUGGGUGUGAAGGCUUCCAGUCUCAGGACACCAACCGCGCUUGGAUUGAGCUGGAAGCACUCCGAGACUUAUACACCCGUAAUCGCUCAGCUUCGAAGAUGGUUUGUAUAACCCUACCCGACAUGCCUUUGAAUUCAGAACCCCUUCCACUCUGGGCCAAAGUUAUCUACAAGUGGCCCGAUGAUGCUUUGGAAAUCUUAAAGCGUCUUAACGACAGACCGAAGAUAUUAGCAAUUUAGAAAAUGCCUGAAAUCUUGCAAGCUUAGAUCAGUGGCAAAAGUCAUGGAGUGUAUGACCUUUUCCGCAGCCUAAUUGCUUUCCCCUUCCCCUUCCAUUUCCCCCCAUCCCCAAUGCAAGGAUGAGUCCUCACUGAGUUGCCAUUAGAGGACUUUUAUUGCGAAACAAAGAAUAUGAGAAAGGUAUCUCCUUUCGGCUUAAACCCUUAAAAUCCCAGAGUUGAUCAAUGAGGGAUUUUUCCUUGCCAUUGCAAUACGUUAUCGUGAAACAGAUUUAGGAGAACAGACAAGCUUAUCAGCAGGGGGGUGCUAUCUUGCUGUAGAACCAAUUUUUCCAGUCGAGUGUUUUAGAAAACUUAUGUCAGUCGUUAGCUCGUGUGUUGCAUUUACAAGAAAAGAAGGCAAAUCAUAUAUUCCGUGAUGGUAAAAAAGAAAAGGGAACAUACUUACUGCAGUAAAUGAUUUUAUAAAAUAGAUUAAGCGUUUUAAAUUCCAGGAUUUAAAAUAUUUAUCUUUUAUUAACUUAUUUACAUGAUAUUUAAUGGUGGUCUCAUUAAGAUGUAGUUUAUUAUUUAUCCUCGGCUAAUAUGCAAGCCUUUGAAUAUACUAAAUCUGGUAGAAAUUAGAACGGAAUGGUUACCAGUGCCCCGGAAAUCUUAACCUGCGAGCGUGCCCUAUUUAUGAGUGCCUCGAGAAAGAGAAGCAAGGGGUCUUGUUCUGAUAGUUGUUAGUGCCAGACCCUCCCGAAAACCUAUCUCUACAGCGCAAGUCUGCAAGGAGUCAUAUACUAAUAACUGUUAGUGCCAGACCCCCGGAAAACCUCAGCCAGCAGCGCACCCUGCAGCGCUGAUUAUAAGGGCUUGCUCACAGCCGGAUAUGGAAAUCACGUUAGUGGGUAUGUGAAAUGUUAAUAACGGGAUGAAAAUCAUGAACAUACAUAAACAUUAAGGCGACAGAAAAUUGAAAACGUAAAAUUAAAAGAUAGCAGUAAGCGAGAAACUUCAUGAUUUUCAUGCUAUUGAAAAAUAACGCACAUUACUAUAGGAAAUAAUGUUUGGUACAAUUUGUAGCGUGCGUUAAGGAUGCAAAUUAGUCAGAUUAUGAAUUAUAUAUUAGUAAUAAGAGCAAUAGAUCAUAGUAUAUAUGAUUUACAAGAUAUUUGUUUGCGCACAUGUCAGUUCGGACGGGAGGUAUAAGCAAGUCGAUUUGAUUUUGUGGAAAGAAUCAGGCGCCCUUUGAUCGUCUUUUAUCGUUUUUAAGUUAUUUUGUCAUUUUUUUCCCUUUUUUUUUCUAUUCUUUUUCUCUUUUAUUCCUCGGCGCUUAUCAUUAACAUGCGAGCAGUUAGAUUUUGAUUCAUAGUUGCGAUUCCGUUUCAUUCAUCCGUCAUUCAUAAUCAAAUCAGAAUUAUUUAAGCAGAUCAUGCAUUUCAUUUUUAAAGAUGCAUCUGAAAAUAGUCAGAUUGUAUGCUGUAUGUUAAAGUGCGGACACAGGAACUAUUAAUUUUUUUAUCAGUAAGUUGAUAUUUCUAUCAUAUCUAUGAUUGUUAAAUAAAAAUACUUUUUGGAAUACAAAUUUCAUCAACAAUGAAGCUGUAUUAAGUUG